AUGUGCUCCUCGGGACAGCGCAGGGAAGAGUGCGCAGGACACUGCAAACUCUCUGACUACACCCUGUGCGCCAGUGCGCAUGCUCUGAGGGCCACAGGUCCGCGAGCGCUCCUGCCCCCUCCUCAAUCCUGCCCCGUCCUCACUCCUGCCCCGUCUGCCCCCUCCCUCCUCAUGUCUCUAUCCGACUGUGUUUACAUAUUUUAUUUAAUUAGAGGGCUUUGUCUUCAGGUGUUGAAUGAGGCCCUGGGGGGCCCUCAGCAGAGCACGUAA